UUAGUGACGACAGACUCGGGGCGGGUCUCGCCGAUGUAGUCCACUUCCUGCUUCUCUGCCCUGGUUUCGCCUGAUCAGCCGCAUCAGCCUUUUAUCCGACGAAAGCCACAAUGUCACAUCAAACGGGCAUUCAAGCGGGGAAUGAUGUGAAGGAUAUCUUUGCCAGUGCGAAGAGCGGGGAUCAGUAUCGUGCCCUAAAGAUCGUCAUCAAGGAUGAGCAGCUGACUCUAGGUGCCAGCAGGAAAGCAUCUAAAAAAUGGGACCAGGAAUACGAUUCUUUAGUGCUACCCCUCCUCGACGAUGAUGUGCCCUGCUACGUUCUAUACCGGCUAGACUCCAAUAACAACCAGGGCUACGAGUGGAUCUUCCUGGCCUGGUCACCGGACCACUCUGCUGUGCGACACAAAAUGUUAUAUGCUGCUACCAGAGCAACACUGAAGAAGGAGUUUGGAGGCGGGCACAUCAAGGAUGAGAUUUUUGGUACCAGCAAGGAUGAUUUGAGCCUCAGUGGUUACAAGAAACAUCUGACCUCUCAAGCUGCUCCUUUGCCUCUUACUGCUGCAGAAGAGGAACUGAGGCAGAUCAAACUGAAUGAGGUGCAGACUGACAUCAGUGUGGACACCAAGCAGCAGACUCUGCAGGGAGUGGCUUUCCCUAUUCAUAAAGAUGCCAUCGCAGCACUUGAACGUUUCAGGGACAAGAAAAUCAACUACGUACAACUGAAAUUAGAUGCUGAACAGGAGCUCAUUCGGUUGUGCGGCACUGAGCCAACGGAGCUGAAAGAUCUCCCAAUGAGAAUCCCUAAAGAUACUCCACGUUACCACUUCUUCCUCUACAAACAUUCCCAUGAGGGCGACUACUUAGAGUCCACAGUCUUCAUUUAUUCUAUGCCAGGGUACAAGUGUAGCAUCAAAGAGAGGAUGCUGUAUUCCAGCUGCAAAAAUCCCUUGGUCGACAUGGUGGAAAACAAUCUCCAGAUUGAGAUUGAGAAAAAAUUGGAAAUAGAAAACGGAGAAGAACUGACAAGUGAUUUCUUGUACGAGGAGGUGCAUCCCAAACAGCACGCACACAAGCAGCGCUUUGCCAAGCCCAAAGGCCCCGCUGGUAAGAAGGGCGGCCGCCGCAUCACCCGACCACCGGGGGAGAGAGAGGAGGAAGAUUAAACAGACCUCACCGCCCGACCACCACCUCUACCCCGAGCACGGUCCACAGAGGAACAUUCCUGCUUUGGGGAGGGGAAGGCAGGAGGGAGGGGGGGUUAAUCAUUUUCGACACGCUUGUUUAAAAUAAUAAGACAAAAACCUCAAAUUCCCACAGAGUUCACCCACAGACCCAGCUAUGCACGCCAAGGACAACUGAGCAAUGACACACUUCAGAAUUUCCAUUUGUAGCUUGCCAAAUGGAAGUACAUUCAUGUAGGUUAGUACAUUCAUAAAAACCCUUUUACUAUAAUUCAGAGAGGCCCAAACCAAGUCAAAGACGAGGUUGUUUUUUUUUAAUUUUCACAUCGUUGCCAGCUCUGAGACUUCAAAAAUGUUAGUGUAACUAAUGUGAACUUGCGCCGAUGUGAUGAAAAGACCCCAUUUUGUGUUCACGUGCUCAAAUUCCUAACUUCCAUUCCUCCUCGUGUCAAUUAAUGUUUCUGUGUCUAAUGUGUUGAUUAUUUGUCUCCUACUGUUUGCACAAUGAGGUGCUCCAAAGCAGAAAAAAAAAAAUUCUCAAACUUGUGUCUGAUGAUUCAUUUUAUAUUGGGGGG